UGGGGUGCUCCUCAAUGGCUGGUGCACAUUUUCCUAGAUGGUUAACAGCUUCUGUUCUGGCUGAAGGAUUCUUGAGUUAAUGUAAAACUUGCAUACACUUACACCAAAAGAUACAAUCACAAAUAAACAACUCUGACCAUUUUGUGGUCCUUGGGUAGUCCACUUACAUAUAGGACGGGAGGCAGAGCUCACUCAAGCAUCUGGAUGUGGGUUUUUAAAAUCUAUCUAUCUAUCUAUCUUACCUAUUUUACAUUUAUAUCCCGCUGUUCCUCCAAGGAGCCCAAAGUGGUGUACUACAUACUUGAGUUUCUCCAGGCCUCAACCCUGGAAUUGUCUGUAAGAACUAUUUGCAUUAAGAAACAAGAGUUGGCAGCAAAAAGGCUGUGACUUGUCAGGCCAUCUUGAGCCCUUGUGCAUUCAUGGGAAAUUAAGAACUGAAAUUAGUUGUGUAUUGUAUUAAAUAAUAAUGGAUCUGCAACAAAAUUUUGCAGUAAUGUAUAUAUUUUUGGCAGUAGUGUGUUACCUGUGCCUGAGAGUAGUUAACACCCCCCCCCCAAAAAAAAUCAGCAACAAAGUCAAAGAUGCCUGUUCUAAGUUGGGUCUUUACUUGAUAGGCAACUUAUCCCCCCCCCCCGGGGGUUUUGUGGGGUAGUGGUCAGUCCUAGCUCUUUUUGAAAGCUUUCUGCCCUCAGGAUCACACAGUUUGAACUGGCUGGUGAGAAAACAAGUAUGCACCUUUUUACUUCAGAAGCAGUAUGACUGUCUUGAGGGAGUAUUCUCCAAGUGGAUAAAUUCCCCACUCUUUGUUCAAGGCUCCCUCCCCUCACUACAGAGCUACUUUACCUCUACCCACCUGCUUGUCUGUUAACUCUUAACUGUCUGAGCUCCAGAACAUCCUUGUCAAAAUGACUAACAUGAGAGCAGUUUAGAGUCCCCUCCCCGCUUUUCCCCUUCAGAUUUUUUGAACACCAACAUAUCUGUGGGUCACCCUGAGUCUGAAUACUUGUCUGCAGGUAUUCCAGUUUUCCAUCCAUAUGACUCCAAAAUUUCAGGACUUUCAGAUAUAUUAAAUAGAUGUUCCCAAACCCAAUGGGAAUUCCAAUAUACAAGUGUAGAAUUGCUCUUGGGAUAUGUGGAUGUCAGGAUAUGAGUAAUAAGGGUGUCACCCUUUUUACAGAGGGAACAGUUUUUUAAAAAAAGAUUCAAUUAAAAUCUGAUCGUAUAUCUAAAAGCUAGCAUGGCAGGAACUGAGUUCUCAUCUAUGCCACCUCCCAUCUUAACCCACUGGAUACUAUUCCUUUCCAAAUGCUGGAAACACUCUCCAGAGGUGACCUUUCUCUUAAACCAUAUUUUCUUCAGAAGCUGGGAACAAAACCCACAAACCUUAAUCUCUCUUUGAUUUCCUGUACCACCCUAACCCCCUGUUCCUGAAUUCACAACAUAGUUAAGUUAAGGUACUUGGACGUGGGCUGAGAAAACAUGAUUAUACUGCGAAAAUGCUCUCUUACCCUGUAUGUUGGGAGUGGACUGGCAUUCCUGAGUCAGUUCCAGCAACAUGACCUCAUUUACUGAGAGUCUGGGACCCAGCCCAGAAAAGGCACUACCACACCUCUACUAGACAGGUGUGCACAUAUAAAACAGCUUCAGAAAGGUAAGAAAACAGGAGAGAGAGAGAGAUCUUGCAGGACAGCAAAAGAGGCAAGUUUUCUCCAGUCUCUGUCUUUUCUGAGAUUCUCUUUUUACCUUCAGCUCAAAAGAACAGCUGACCUGAAGUCCCAAGAACGGAACAGACUGAAACAGGCACACAUAAGAUCACUCCCUUUUAAACUCCAGGUUAAUAAAUCCUUGGGACCGACUAUCUUUUUAUAUACAGCUUUCGAUUUGUAAGAGAUUGUAUCAUCGUGCUUGUUUUCACAGCAGUCCAGUCUGGUUAACCUCCUGCCCGUAAUGCCUGGUUAAUUUUCUUAGACACUUUAGAGGCAAUGAAUGUGACUUUUGCAUGGCUGUACAGGGGAUCUAGAGAGGAGGUGGGAUCUUAGCUGCUGUCUCCCAGCUCAAACUCUCCACUGGACACCAUCACCUUUUAAUUUAACAUAACGGAUGGACUAGGAGGAUCCCUAAUCCACAUGAAGUAAGAGUGAACUGAAAGGGCAGAGAGAAAUACAGCCUUUCGACUACUCUUCCACAAUCUUGAUUGCACGUGCCAGGUGUGAUGGGAGAAGAGAUGGAUCUCAGCAAUGAAGCUGCUCCCAGGAAUGGGGUGGAGACCAUUGUGAUGAUGGUGACUUCAGAGACUGACACUCCUGCCAAGACCCCUCUUCUGCCUAUGCACAGACUCCGCAACCUGGCAAUUGCUAGCAUCAUCUGUGGCUGUUCUUGCAUUGGAGUUCUAGCACUGAUUUAUGCCAUCAAGGCUAGCGAAAAGAGAAAAGCUGGGCUCCAUGAUUCAGCAGUGUACUGGACCCAGAAGUCCCGAUGCCUAUCUCUGCUAAGUAUCUGCGUCUGGGUGUCUGUCCUCAUCAUGGUGCCUCUGUCAGUGUGGCUCAUUGCUUACAUCUUAGCUCGAGCUGAAUGAUGACCUCCAUGAACAUGUAAUCUUGGGCUUCCAGGAUUACCUCUUCUGCAGCGCUUUCCCCAGCUGGAGUUAUCCUAAAUUGACAUUAAGCAGUUGCUUGCUUGCCUCCUGGUAUGCAGCCCUGACAUUUGAGAUGACUGCUUGGUGAAGUCAGAGACUAUGGAAAUUUGAGCUGUAUCCUUGGCUUGCAUCUUCCUGGGGUGGACCCGAGUUCUGCUUGUUGCACAGAUGAACAAUCUGUUCAGACUUGGCUCAUGGAUGUAGAUGAUUGGAUCAACUAUGCAGGAACCAUGGGAUACUGGGACACAAAGAACCUGUUGUUGUUUCUUCUGAUGCUGGUCUACUUUCAUGAAAAGUUGCACUGUUGCUGCUGCUUCAUCAUAUCAUUUUGUUUCAAUUGUUCUUUGGAUGCUCCUUAUAUGAGCCAUAUUUAUUGAACUUGGAUCUAGGAGCCUUUUGGUCUCUUCUUUUAAUCAGAGUUCUCAGCUUCAGUUAUAAUAAUUGGAACCUACCUCACAGGGCAGUUGUGGGAACAAUAUGAAAUAGGAUCUUAAGAUCACUCUGUGUAUCCAAGUCUUCUACAGAAGGGAAAUUAGUGCUAGCACUUUGUAAGGAUCCAUCGUUAUUGUUAAUGUUAUCUAAAAUAUACUGUACCAAAUGUACUGCUCCAAAUCUGUUCAAAAGAGUCCUGUAUGAGUUUGUUAAAUUGUUUAAACUUACUGAUUAAAAUGCAAAAGCUAA